GGAAAAGCGGAGGGAAGACACUCGGUGACAGCUUUAUAGGGAAUAAAGGCCGGGCCGAACCAUUCCCCAGUCACAAGUGGCUGUUCAAGAAAAACUCGGAGUUGAGCACCGAUGCAUUAUUGGCCCGUGAUCCACCCUCGCAUCAUCUGAAAAUUACACACGCGAGUGGGAAUCCCCGGAAAUCAAAUAAAAAUGCGAUGUAUGCCCAUCCAACAUAGCAAAAAAAAAAACAUUGUCCUUCUCAAAAGACCGUGACAUCACGAACUCGUGUGGCAUGCUCGGGUGGUAUGCAGGGCACGAAUGAUUACAUAUUUUAACCAUUUCGGCCUUCAAUGCUUUUUUUUUUUCGUAACCGUCGUUGAUGGGCCAUGCGCGUGCCAAGGCUUCAACAUAGACAUCAAAAGGAAGAAAGGCAAACAUAGCGUCUUGACACUCACUACGAUAUCACGACAGCCACUAAACAUUUGGAUGUCAUCCGUUUGCAAGCCUCCGUCUAAAGCAUCUAUUCAGUGGUGGAUCUAUUUCAGACAACGCAGUCAGCCGUCGAUCCGUGCUUUAUGGUUGGCUGCUGUAACUGGGCCACUACCUUUAGACGGACACGUCGUGGUCAGGGCGGGCACCAUGUGCUUUAUGUCCCUAUUGUGUUGCAAAAGAGCUGCCACAUGUUGUGCUGUUUACCUCGGGACAGGCUAUCGGUCGUUUUCAUUUUAAAAACUACGAUGAUUGGUCUACUUCAAGGCGUCAUGAAAAGAAAAAGUGGUGUGGCCAUUCUGUACAGUUUAAUUGAAAAAAUCGGGGUAAAAUUUUUUACAAGUCAAAAAUUUUAAAAGAGGCAAGGUAAUGUUGUUUUAAGUAAUUAAAUAAGAGAGACAACCAAAGGACAAGGGC